AUGGCCGACAGAGUCUAUCCAGCCAAACCUCCCGCCGCAGCGGCGGCGGCUCCUCCAACCACCACCGCAGCGCCCGGCGCGGCUCCCGCCUUCCCCGCAACGAAAGCCCAGCUCUACGGCGCCAACCGCCCCGCCUACCGUCCCCAACCCCAGCGCAAGUUCCGCCGAAGCCGCCGCAGCUGCUGCUGCUGCCUCUGCUUCUGGAUAACCCUAAUCAUCCUCUCCCUCCUCUUACUCGCCGCCAUCGCCGGCGCGGCCGUCUACGUCAUCUACCGCCCCCACCGCCCCGACUUCACCGUCUCCGGAAUCAAGAUCUCGACCCUCAACGUCACCUCCAGCUCCCAGCUCGCUUCCAACAUCGCCGUCAACAUCACCGCCAGAAACCCCAACAAGAAGAUCGUCUUCACCUACAAUCCGAUCGACAUUUCGGUGUUCUCGGCCGCCGAUGGCGGCGUCAGCCUGGGGACGGCGAAGGUGCCAGCGUUCGUCCACGGGGCGAAGAACACGACCGUGCUGAAGGCGGCGAUUAGCGGUGGCCAGCAGCUGGACGACGCGGCGGCGAAGAAGCUGAGGGGCGAGCUGAAGGGGAAGAACGGCGUCGCUUUGAGGAUCCGCGCGGAUACCAAAGUGAAGGUGAAGAUGGGAGGUUUGAAGACUCCGAAAGUUGCGAUUCGAGUCGUCUGCUCCGGGAUUAAGGCUACGGCGCCGACUGGGAAGUCGCCGACGACCGGCUCGGUGGCCGGCGCCGAUUGUAAGGUGGAUUUGAGGGUGAAGAUCUGGAAGUGGACUUUCUGA